CCUAAAAUAUUUUUAAAAUACAUAUACUCGCAAAAAUACAAAUUUGAUAUUUGUACCAGACCCACGUUGUAUAAAUUUCAGAGUGAACACCUUCAACAAUUUUCUAAGCUGUAAACAAAUGUCUGAAGCGGAUAAGCAACGCGCGCCUGCGCUUCCCCCCAUUCCCGUGGGUGAAGAUGGUGAACCACAGUACAGUAAGAGUGAAUGGAAGCGCAUGUGCAAAGCCGACCAGAAGGCCAAGGAAAAGGCUGCCAAAGCGGCCAGUGCCCCAACUGAAGCCCGCAAAGCAUCUGUGCACGAUGAGGAGGCAGACGAGGCCAAUUUGGAUCCCCGUCAGUACUUUGAGUUGCGUAACAAGAUGGUACAAGCCAUGAAGAAAUCAGGUACAGUCGAACCCUACCCCCAUAAAUUUCACGUGACCAUCUCGAUUGAGGCCUUCAACGCGAAAUACGCGAACCUAGAACCCGGACAGAGGGCUGAGGGUGACUCUGUAUCGGUAUCGGGUCGCAUCCACUCCAAGCGUGCGUCUGGUAAUAAGCUCAUCUUCUACGAUUUGACUGGUAUGGGUAACAAAUGCCAGGUUAUGGCGGAUGCGCGUGAGAUGGAGGACUUUGAGGCAGUGCACGGUAACAUCCGCCGUGGUGACUGUGUGGGUGUCGUUGGUGUACCUGCCAAGACUAAGCGCGGUGAACUUUCUAUCAUCCCAAAUAAGUUUCAACUUCUCGCCCCAUGUCUGCAUGCCAUUCCCAACGACCACUACGGCUUGAAGGACCAGGAGCUGAGAUACCGUAUGCGAUGGCUGGACUUGCUGGUGAACCCCAAGACGCGACAGAGUUUGACCAUGCGAUCUCGCAUCAUCCAGUACUUGCGUAGAUAUUUAGACGAUCGAGACUUCUUGGAAGUUGAGACACCAAUGUUAAAUGCCAUCCCCGGUGGCGCUGCGGCAAAGCCUUUCAAGACUUUCCACAACGAUCUUAAGAUCGAUAUGUUCAUGCGAAUCGCACCCGAGUUAUACCUCAAAAUGUUGGUUGUGGGUGGUUUGGAUCGAGUAUACGAAUGCGGUCGUCAGUUCCGUAAUGAAGGAAUUGAUCUGACGCACAACCCGGAAUUCACUACUUGCGAAUUCUAUAUGGCCUAUGCUGAUUACCAUGAUCUUAUCAACAUGACUGAGGAGCUUGUAUCUGGUAUGGUAUUGGCCUUGAAGGGAAGCUACAAGAUUAAAUACCACAUGAAUGGCCCUGACGAGGAACCUGUUGAGAUUGACUUCACUCCUCCUUUCAAGCGCGUAUCAAUGAUCUCUACGCUAGAGGAAAAGCUAGACUGUAAAUUCCCGGACUCGUCAAAGCUCAGUGAAGAUGAGGCACGCGAAUUUCUGGAUAAGUUAUUGGUGAAACACAAUGUAGACUGUUCAGCUCCCCGAACAACCGCUCGUAUGCUGGACAAGCUUGUGGGUGACUUUAUCGAAGUAGACUGUAUCAACCCCACAUUCAUCUGUGAUCACCCAGAAGUUAUGAGUCCACUGGCCAAGUGGCAUCGAUCAAUGCCUGGAUUGACAGAACGUUUCGAAUGUUUCGUGGCUACCAAGGAGAUUUGCAACGCAUACACAGAGUUGAACGACCCCGCUGUACAGCGUGAACGAUUCCAACAGCAGGCUAAGGAUAUCAACAUGGGUGAUGACGAAGCACAAAUGGUUGACGAGACCUUCUGCACUGCUUUAGAAUAUGGUCUACCACCUACUGGUGGUUGGGGUAUGGGUAUGGACCGCUUGACUAUGUUUUUAACUGAUAGUCAAAACAUUAAGGACGUACUCUGUUUCCCUGCGCUAAAGCCUAAAGACGAGUAAUUUGCUGAACACUUCCGUAAGUUCUACGUACAGAAUGGCAAAUUAGGACAGGCAUCUUGCUUCAUGUUGGACUUAAUAAAGUGUUAAUUAGUUUUAGACCAAAG